AUGCAUCAGCAGCUGCUGCAGCACCAGCAGCAACAGCAGGAGCUGAAAGAAGUGUCUCAGACUGCCCCCAAAGAGCAUCCGGCUGCUCAGCUCCUUCAGCAGCAGCAGUGGCAGCAGCUGCAGCAACAGCAACAGGCACCGCAGGUAGGCCUUCUACUGCCGCAAGCCUUGCAAGGUGACCCUGUGCUGCAGCAACAGCAGCACCUUUCGCGCUAUAGCAUUAAUCGUCUCAGUGGCUUUGCAGCAGCAAACGCUCGUUACGGCCUCUAUUGCUCCGGCGGAGCAGCAGGCGUUCCAGUUGACCCCACAGCAGUCGCAGCUGCGGCUGUACUGCCAGACGCUGUCUCUCCCCCUACUGCUUCAACUCACUACAGCAGUACCCAGCAGCAAACAGCGGAGGAUUUGGAAGGGGCGUUCACUCCUUUGGCCGAGUCUGUGGGAUCCUCUCCUCCCAGCCAGCCUCAACAGCUGCUACUGCAUGCAACAGCAGCCCCCGAGGUGGAGGUAGACAGCAUUAGCAAAGCUCCGAGCCUGAGAACUUUGCGCAUUUGUCAGCAGCUCCAGUUGCUGCAGCAGCAGCAGCAGCAGCACCAUCUAAAAAGAAGUGUCACGCACCAUCCCCAGCUCCACCAGCUGCACCAGUUCCAACAACAGCUGCGUCACCGUGUUGCACUAGAGCGCUGCCCACUCCUGUUGCAGCAGCAUACGCUCGAGCCAGCACAAGACUGCCCUUUCUCGCCCUGCGCAGUAGACAAAACACCGCGUUCCCUCCACCAGCUGCAGCAGCAUCAGCGGUUGCAGCACAAGCGGCAAAGCAGCUGUGAAACCAACGCCACUGUCUGCCAGCAGCAGCACUUAGAGCAUAUCGCGUCAGGUGGCUGUCCACCUCUGGGCCUUGCCGCUUCGCCACGAGCAGCAGCAGCAGCGGCAGCUGUGGCAGCAGCAGCAGCAGCUGCUGCAGCCGCUGCUGCAGAGCAGCAAGACCGCAUGGGCUGCCGUCAGUCUAGCAGGCGUCCGUCCAGAGUCUCCUCACCCCACACCACAGGGGCCGAUGCUGCUGCUGCUGCUGCUGCUGCUGCUGCUGCUGCUGCAGCACAGUUGAGGCUGAAGCAAGUGUCUCAAGAGCACGUCCAGCAGCAAGGGCCUCGCCUGUGGCGCGGAGCGUCUGCUCCAAGCGGCAGCAGUGGGGGUGCUGCUGCUUCAACGGUUCCAACAGCACAGCAGCAUCAGUAUCCGUACGUGGCUGUGCACCAGCUGCUGCCACACGUCCCCCGUGCAGCCGACAAGGACUGCUUUUCUGCCUGUAACUGGCAAAAUCCGAGGCGCAGCAGCUGGGGAGACACCUCGACGCUGCGGCUUUUACAGCCAUUGGGCAGCGGUGCAAUGGGCCAUGUCUUCCUCGUUGAGCUGGGGGGUAAGCUCUGUGCUCUGAAGCUUGCGCUGCAGUCCGACGCGGCGGCGUGCAUGUAUCUCCGGCAGGGGUGGGAAAACUUGGUGAGGCUGGAGUGUCUGCAUGUGCAGCAGCAGCUGAGGAGACGUCAAGCCGCUGCGGGGGCAAGAGCUGGGGAGGAGAUUCUGCGUGAAGAGGGCCCCCAGCAGCAGCAGCGAUUCGCCGUAUCUCCCCCCGCAGGAGCUGGCACUUCUGAGGAAUGCCAGAGCAGCUGCAACAGCAAGAACCAGCGGUACUUCUGCCGCCCUCUAUGCUACAUAGAGGGCGACUGGUACAGUGCUUCCUCGUCUCCCAGCGCGGUGUCCUUACAGCAGCAGCCUCUGCGCCGCAACAAAGUGUGUGGAUAUAUCAUGGAGCACAUUGCCGACGCGUGUCAGUUGACUGUUCUCAUAUGGCAUUUUCACAGAAGCAUUGAUCCGAUGGGGGCGCUUCGCAGGCAGAAGCGCUCGCUAGUUUCUCGCCGUCUCCUCUUUCUCUGCAGGGAAGUCACAAAGGCCUUCGCAUUCGUCGCGGCAGAGGCGAAUCUUUACGCCUUCGACUUCAACCCUAAGAACAUCCUGGUUUCCGUCCAGGUACCCCCCGACCAGGACCAGGUGGUGCACCCGCAGCAACUCGGAGAGGGUUCUGCGGCUCCAGUAUCGAGUGGCAGCGGCCAAAGGAGCUCCAGUGCAAGCAGCACAAAGGGAAGAAGCAGGACUGCCAUGGAACUGACUCAGCAAGCCUUUCUGAAUCCCCGCGCCACAGUCCGUGUUGUCGCCAUAGACUUGGACUGCUCCCUCUCUCCGCCCUUCUCUCUCGACACGGUAGACCCCCUGCUGCUCGACUGGACGUGUGGACGAAAGGUUGUGUACUCUUGCCCUCACGUGCCUUCCCUUCUCGCCGCCUACAUUUUAGCAGUUCUCGCCAAGAGCAAGCAGCUGGGGCAGUUCGUCCGGGCAGGCCUUAAGGAGGGGGUUGCGCAUGCGGCGCUCCUCAAGAGACUGGCGGAUCCGCGCAACUUCCUGCAUUACUGCCGCGGGGGAGCUUCAGCAGCUGCAGCUGCAGCUGACUCACCAGCAGCAGCAGCAACAGCUGCAGCAGCAGCACGAGGUCGCGCACGCCAGUCUUACACCUUCGCCAGCAAAAGUGUCUCCCCCUGGACUGUUCAGUCUCCUCUCUUCUGGGCCCUGCACUUCCGCAGUCGCAGCGAGAGCACCCCCGCCUCCUCAACCGCUUUUUCUCUAUCCCCAGCACCGAUGCAGAGCAACGCCAUUCCGCAUCCCGCAGCGGCCCUUAGUGUUGCCGCAGGCGCUUUAAAUCAUCUCACCCCUAGCGGCGGCAGCAGCAGCAGCCAGCCUGACAACCUCCAGCUUCAGCAGCCUCCAUCAACUCUCCUACCCACGAACACCCAAAACAACUGGCCUGAAAAGGAGAACAGUCGCCUGUAUCUGCAAUUUACUAACGGCGCCGGCAGAGCACACCAACAACAGCAACAACAGCAACAGCAACAACUGCAACAACAACAGCAACAACAGCAACAACAGCUACAGGACCGCCGGUAUUUUGUUGGGGGAAGCAGCAAGCGUCGUUCUACAGGGCGUUCUGCGGCAGAAGACCUCAAUGGUUGCGUCUGGGAUCCAGUCGCCCCCAAUGCUGCUCUAAUAGUGGCUGCAAAUGUUGCAGCAUCAGCAGCAGCAACGGCGGCAGCAUCAGCAUCUCACCCCGGAGGCACUGCUGCUCUUUCCGUGUGGGAGAGACUCGAGUUGCUGCCUGCUCUGACACCUGCACAGUUUCUGCCACCCCCCGACUUGGUGAGCUCUGCAGCGGCAGCCGAGUUUGCUGCUCUCCGAGGGCUGCUGCUGCAGCUGCUGGACCCUCUUCCAGUUUACACCCAACGGCUGGGGAGUCCUAGGCAGGCAUUCUCUGCCCUUUCUGCCGCCAUUUCGAGGGUUAUUACCGUGCUCGAAAGCGAGUGA